AUGAGCUCAGAAGAACACACUACUGUUUCGGAAACUGUUUUCACAACUUCGGAAGAAGAUGGAGAAGAAGAAGAACUUAUUGAAGAAGUUUGUCAAAAACCAUCAAAAAUAUUUUUGUUGGGAUUCAUUGAAAAAUCGAAACAUAAUUCGUAAGUGAAUUUUUUUCCAAAAAUAACUAUCAUGAAACUAAGUUUUUCAGUUCUCUCAAAUCAAUAUCCGCUGACUUGUUAUCAAACUUUUUCAUCGCUUCAAACUCUUCAUCUCCAGAAGAUUCAUCAAUAAAUCGUCAACUUUUGGCAAAAUCAGAUGUUUUGCUAUUUUUCAUAAAUGAACAAACACUUCGAGAUACAACAUGUCUUCUUACUCUUCAAUUGGCUUAUUUAUCACAAAUUCCAAUUAUUAUGCUACGCCCUCCUUUGACUAAACUGAUGAUUUCAAAUCGAGAUAUAACACGAGAAAAAGAGAAGAUAUCGUAAGUUAUUUUCGAAGUUUCAAUUAAAUCAGUCAUUUUUGAAAUUUCUAGGAUAAUUGCAAAAAGCGCAAUUCUUCGCAGUCCACGAAAUUGGGAUCUUAUUAAUGAUGACACUAAAAUCGAUUAUAAUUUGCUUCAAGACAUUCUCUACGAAGGAUUCAAAAUAUCCAUUUUAUAUGACAAACAAGAACAUUCUGAUUGCAUUUCUCGAAUUCGUCACAAACUUCAAAAUGUUAUCACUUCUACAAAACGUUCAGAAUCUUCAAUCACAACCUCUUCAGGUUCCCAACCGCAUUUCUAUCUUUCUCCAUCAAAUCAUUCAAUCAGUUCUAUUUUCUCGAGAAAUGUGCAAGUGGAUGAUUCAAAACGGCGAGGUAUAAAAAAGAUAAUAUUUCUAACACGGGAUAAUCUCAGAUAAUCUUAGGAAAGAGUCGUUCGUCUUCUCGACGUCACAAAACAGCAAAAAGUAACGAUGCGAUGAAAUUAAAUUUAUCAUUGAGCACCGGGAAUUUGUCGAAAAUCAUGAGAACUCCACAUCCAGUUAAAUUCACAUACGAUGAAGAACUUGAAGGAAAACACACCCCAAGACAUAUUUUGGUAAACGGAUUUCGGCUUAUGAAACUUAUAUUUUUUUUUUUCUAGAAAAGUCCUCCACCACCAGAUAGAAUACCAUCUUCAAUUGCUGUGAGUGAUUGUGGUGAAACCGAAGAUAUUAUAACAAAAGAUAAUCUCGAAAUUGAUGCUGACAAAUUUCCUCUUCCACCUCUAACUCCAAAAACUCCAUCAUCUGCAUUGUAUCAUCAAAAUAAUACAAGUAGCAGAAGUCGUCCACCACUCGGUUCUCUAACAAGUUUAUCCUCAUCCUGUGAUCGCCGAAUGAGUUUGAGUUGCAUCGAAGACUUGUCAAAUUAUCAAAAAACUCAAUAUCUCGUUUUUCCACUACGUGAUUCAUCCAAAAAACCCUAUUUACUCAAAUUUCCAGAUGAUAUGCACGAAGAAGAGGAAAAACAUAAUGGAAGUGUUUGGGGAUCGGAUACAAGUUUGGAGGAGGAAAUUAAAUUAGCCGGAACUAUAAAUGCUGGAAUUAUAGUUGAUCAAAUGGAUGAUUCGCCUAUUCAAUCACCAGCUCCAUAUCUCGGAGAUCUUCAUUGA